AUGGACAACGAGGAACUCACCCAACACCCGAUAUUUUCUGUCUCUCAAUCACUCGACUCAUCGACUCAAGAUGAAUCCUUACUCGAGCUCUCUACAAGCUCGUUUCCUCUGUUUAUUCAGAGUAAUACAUCGUCAAAGGAUACUCAACCCUUGGGAAGACGGAGAGUCAUGGUGUUAAGGGAUACUGACUUGGUGGUUGCGACUGGGAAAGAAUUACGGAUGGCUUCUCUCGGGGAUGCAAAAGCUAACAACAACUCUACUAAGUCAUACAAAACUCUGCAUACCCCAAACAUCCAGUUUGACAUACACCAGAUAUGCCUAAACUCAAGUGGGAAACUUCUGGCAGUUGCUGGUGCUUAUCAAGUUGCCGUUGUUGUACUUCCACGGUCAGGUUAUUCGCGACUGGUACCCACUGCCAUCGACUGCAAGUCUGUACAGAUAGGACAGUUCUAUCACGCAAGUGGAGAUGCAGUACCUAUAGUCAAGGUUGAAUGGCACCCGUGGGGGGAGUCGGGGUCUACGUUGAUGGUAAUGACUAUAGACGGAAAACUUCGAGAAUAUGAUAUUUCACGAGACACCGAUGAACCUCAACAAGUCCUAUUGUUCGUUCCGGAUAGGAAACCUGGAAGAUCUUAUAUUGCUGAAGACCCUUCGGAACGCGAGGUAGCUUCCUUUACACUAGGGAAGGGUCAUGCCGACUGGGGACCUUUGACUGUAUACGCAGUCAUGAGGUCCGGAGACGUCUAUGCUAUAUGCCCCUACAUGCCUAAAAAUGCAUCGGUUCCCUCUGCAUAUGUUCAUUCCCUGGAAUGUUUUAUAUCUGCCAAGCAGGAGUUCCUUUUACAGACUUGGUCUUUCUCAUCCAGCAACUUGUCGACGUUAUACGAUUACCAACGAAGAUACGUUGCGGCCCUCUUGAAACAGCUUCCACCAGGGACCGUCUUUCCCGCCCCGUCGCGAUCUAUCUUCAUGCACCCUCCGAGCAUCGUUAAAUCAUGCCCUACUCGCCAAGGGCCCUUCCUUCUUCAACCCUCUCCGAGAAUACUUGAAGGCGGCGACGGCGGCGACGCCACUGAUAUAGCAUAUCUCUCCGUAGGAUGUGGUCAUGAAAAGGAAUCAGAAGUCGAAGAAGCAUCUGCUGAAAGCCUCGGGUUCGUGUUUAUCACAUAUCAAGACGGUAAGGUGGAUCUCUGUCUCGAUGUAGAAAAGGUCGAAGCGAGGUGGGAGAGUAAACAAAUUCCUUCUUCUGACCUCCCCAUGCUUGCUGUUUACGAAAGUAUCGACCUGGGCCUUGUGUCGUUACUGAACUCGCUGUCGUCUUCAACGCCGAACCACUCGGUCUUGGAUCUACUACGGGGCAACCGCCCUGUCAUUACUCCGGAUCCAGUGCACUCCGACACUGUAUACGUGUACCAUGCAUUUGGUGUUCAUGCACUCAAUCUGCAGCCCGUCCUGCAAAAUCUUUUGCCUGCCGAGGAAGAUUCGAAUCAGAAUAUCCAGCUCGGUGCCAGCACAAUCAUCCAACCUGUGUUAUCGACUUUCUCUGUCGAACGAAAGUCGUCCAAUCCCGUGAUAGCAGUUGCUGUCCCAGACGAUGUUUACCUCUCCUACAGCCUGUUAAUUCUGACUUCCGCCAUGCGAAUAACCACGUUCUCCCUAAAUCCUCGCGUCGAUCUAUCGCUGCCCAUAUCACAGCCUCCUAGGCCCAAGGCAAAUGAAUUAGAUUCGGAUUCUCAGCCUUUGAAACCUUUGGAGGGACCGUCGGGGUAUGUGUCUCUUCUUGGCUCAGAACCGUGGAAACCCCCACUCGCUCUGUCGAGAUUCACUGGCCUUCCGUCCAACCCUCAACUGUCAUCACCGAGUUCUGCAAAACAAGUGGACUUUAUGCUAACUCCGGACACUCUCCGGUAUCUCGCAUCAACAGUAGCUCAUCUUAGUGGUCAGAUACACGAGAUUCAACUUGCGUAUCGUGGAGCAGAAGGCCGGGCUGCCCUGCAGACUCAGGAAUUCAUUAGAUUAUGUGGCAAAUGUCAAGAGCUUCAAGGCUUAGUUGAUAAGCUCAGAGGUCCCAGGCGUCAAGCAAGCGAAGCUCGAUUACAACAGGCGCAGGAGCAACGAACGGCGCUCUUGCGAAGGCUUGACCAUAUGCUACAGAACAUGAUGGAAGGAGCCUCUCCUGAAUUAAGCGAGCACGAAACCAAAUGGUUUGAAGAGCUUAAACGAAUGAAAGAUGAAGUGGUGGGGCUCGGGCGGUACGAUGGGGGAUCGUUGGAGAGUAGGAUCAAUUUGCUACAACGGGAAUAUGCCCGCUUGACGCCUCAGUUGAAAGCUAUUCUGGGGAAAGAACGGGAACGACGAGCGAAGAUGGCAGAAACAAACAAAAGUUUAGGUUUCUCGCAAGCAUUCGAAUUCGGGCAAAGGUCGAAUCAAGAGCGCGCAAGGAUAUCCGAGUUGGAGCAGCAGGUUCUCGACCUGGCAGCACAGUUUGAUAUCUCUUUGGGCCGCAACCCACCAUAG